AUGUUGCUGAUCACUAGUUUUUGUCUAUACUUGGGAUAUCGACGGAGAAAAUUAGUACAGAUAAAAGAGAAAUUCUUUAAGGGAAAUGGAGGAUUCGUUCUGCAACAAAGGAUUGCUCAAGGUGGUGUAUCUUCUGACACGACAAGAAUUUUCACUGCUGAGGAGCUUAAAAGAGCCACGAACAAUUAUGAUCAAGCUAGAAUCAUUGGUCAAGGAGGCUUUGGCAUUGUCUACAAAGGACACCUUCUUGAUGGCCGUAUCGUGGCCGUUAAAAAUGCCAAGAUGAUGGACCCAACCCAAGUCGAGCAGUUUGUCAAUGAGGUAACUGUGCUCUCCCAAAUCAAUCACAGAAACAUUGUCAAACUCUUUGGUUGCUGUUUAGAGACAGAAAUUCCUUUGUUGGUUUACGAGUUCAUAAGUAACGGAACAUUGUCUGAGCAUCUGCACAACAAAGAGAAGGCAUCAAAAAUCCGUUGGUUGACCCGUUUAAAAAUAGCUUCGGAAACCGCAGAGGUUCUCUCUUAUUUGCACUUUGCAGCUUCUCCUCCCAUCAACCACAGAGAUGUUAAACCGGCAAAUAUUCUCCUGGAUAGCGACUACAUUGCUAAGGUAUCUGAUUUCGAUGCGUCAAGAUUAGUUCUGCAAGAUCAAACUCAAUUGAUAACCAUGAUGCAAGGAACAUGGGGUUAUCUCGAUCCAGAAUACAUGCAGACCCACCAAUUAACGGAAAAGAGUGAUGUUUACAGUUUCGGGGUUGUCUUAGUGGAGUUGUUAACGGGUAGGAGGGUAGUAUUUUAUGAUGGUCCAGAGGAGGAGAGAAAUCUAUCUCUGCAUUUCCUUUCAUCGUUGAAAGAGAAUCGAUUGUUCAUGAUUCUUGAUGACAACGUUGUAUGCGAAGGAAACACUGAAGAGUUAAGAAGUUGCUUUGCUUGCAAAAAGGUUUUUAAAUGUGAAAGGGGAAGAUGUAAGAUAAUUCUAUAA